CAAUGUCGAAAGAGUUUUCUGCUGAAGAGUAUUUUCAAUCUCAACCGAAACCCAGCACUCUUUUCAAUGAUGUGGAGAGCACCCGGGAGUUCAUCCAUCGGCAUAUGGCUGAAGAUCGGAAAGUAGUUCUCAUCACGAGUGGUGGGACUACAGUACCACUCGAGCUUAAUGUUGUGCGGUUUCUCGAUAAUUUUAGUGCGGGGACGAGAGGCGCAACAUCGGCAGAGUAUUUCCUUCGGGCUGGAUAUGCGGUCAUUUUCAUGCACCGGCAAUUCUCAUUGCAGCCGUUUAGCCGUCACUAUUCCCACAGCACCAACCCCUUCCUUGACUUCUUAGAUGUUAGCGAAUCUUCUUCGCCUUCUUUCUCGUCCUCGCCAGAGGUGUUAGUCAGGCCGGAAGGAAGAGAAUUCCUUAUUCAAGUCUUGCGUGCACGAAAGGAUGCGCUUAGCAGAGGCAUGUUGCAUACUCUGACGUUCGUAACGGUCAAUGAGUACCUAUUCUUGCUAAGGGCGAUGAGCGAGGAGCUGGCGGUCAUGAAGAGGAAUGCCUUGUUUUAUCUCGCAGCAGCCGUCAGCGACUUUUAUCUACCACGAGAGAAAAUGUCGGAGCAUAAGAUUCAGUCACGAAAGGGCAGCUUGUUAAUUGAGAUGGACCAGGUGCCCAAGAUUCUGAAGCCAUUGCGGGAAGAUUGGACACCCCAUGGUUUUAUUGUGUCCUUCAAGCUUGAAACUGAUGGCUCGCUGUUGAUACCGAAGGCACAGCAGUCUCUCGAACGCUAUGGGCACCAAGUGGUUAUCGGAAAUAUGCUUCACACGCGCAAGUACGAAGUUGUUUUUGUGUCAUCUGGAGAGCAAUCGCCAUCGGGGGAAAGGACGUUCAGUGAAGAAUGGAUACGACUCAAGAAACCUGGGGCUGAAGCUUCGCAUUCUGCAACAGUUUCUGAGAUAGAGGAGCUUAUCAUUGAGAAAUUGGUCGAUUUACAUCAGAAAUGGAUCGAGAAGCAAGCCUAA